CGGCGGCAGGGAAGGAGGCACGGGAGAGCGGCGGCGAAGGAGGGCCGCGGCUCCGCUCGGCUCCGCUCGGCUCGGCGCGGCUCCGCUCGGCGCUGACGGUCCCCGGUGCCGCCGCCGUCACUCGCCCCGCCCGUCCGCGGCUCGGCGCGGCGGGUGCGGGACGCGGCGCUCACCGGCACACCGGGGCUCAGGGGCCGGGCCGCGGCAUGAGCGCCCGGCGGCUCCCCGGGGGCAGCGGGGGCCGCUGAUGCUGCGGGGCCCGCGGGGUCUGCGGGGGCGGCGGGGGUGGCUCGGCGCGGCCCCGCCCGCGGCGGGGGCCAUGUGAGCGCGGAGCCGGCAGGAUGCAGAAGGGGAUGCGGCUCAAUGACGGGCACGUCGCCCACCUGGGGCUGCUGGCGAAGAAGGACGGGGCCCGGCGCGGAUACCUGAGCAAGAGGAGCGCCGACAACACGAAAUGGCACACCAAGUGGUUCGCGCUGCUCCAGAACAUGCUCUUCUACUUCGAGACCGACUCCAGCUCCCGGCCCUCGGGGCUCUACCUGCUCGAGGGCUGCGUCUGCGACCGCGCGCCCUCCCCCAAGCCCCCCCUCUCGGCUAAGGACUCCCUGGAGAAGCAGCACUACUUCACCGUUAACUUCAACCACGAGAACCAGAAGACCCUGGAGCUGAGGACCGAGGACGCCAAGGACUGCGACGAGUGGGUGGCAGCCAUAGCUCAUGCCAGCUACAGGAACCUGGCGACGGAGCACGAGGCGCUGAUGCAGAAGUACCUCCAUCUCCUGCAGAUCGUGGAGACGGAGAAGACUGUUGCCAAGCAACUCCGGCAGCAGAUCGAGGACGGGGAGAUCGAGAUCGAGCGCCUCAAGGCCGAGAUCGCGUCCCUGCUCAAGGACCACGAGCGCAUCCAGGCCAGCCAGAGCAGCGCGCCCAACGACGAUGACAGCGACAUCAAGAAGAUCAAGAAGGUGCAGAGCUUCCUGCGGGGCUGGCUGUGCCGGAGGAAGUGGAAGACCAUCAUUCAGGACUACAUCAGGUCCCCCCACGCCGACAGCAUGCGCAAGAGGAACCAGGUGGUGUUCAGCAUGCUGGAGGCCGAGGCCGAGUACGUCCAGCAGCUCCACAUCCUCGUCAACAACUUCCUGCGGCCGCUGCGCAUGGCCGCCAGCUCCAAGAAGCCGCCCAUCACCCACGAUGACGUCAGCAGCAUUUUCCUCAACAGCGAAACAAUCAUGUUUUUGCACCAAAUUUUCUACCAAGGCCUGAAGGCACGGAUCUCCAGCUGGCCCACGCUGGUGCUGGCCGACCUGUUCGACAUCCUGCUGCCCAUGCUGAACAUCUACCAGGAGUUUGUGCGGAACCACCAGUACAGCCUGCAGAUCCUGGCGCACUGCAAGCAGAACCGCGACUUCGACAAGCUGCUCAAGCACUACGAGGCCAAGCCUGACUGCGAGGAGAGGACCCUGGAGACCUUCCUCACCUACCCCAUGUUCCAGAUCCCCAGGUACAUCCUGACCCUGCACGAGCUGCUGGCUCACACGCCCCACGAGCACGUGGAGAGGAACAGCCUGGAUUAUGCCAAGUCCAAGCUGGAAGAGCUGUCCAGGAUAAUGCACGAUGAAGUGAGUGAGACUGAAAACAUUCGGAAAAAUCUGGCAAUAGAGAGGAUGAUCAUCGAGGGCUGUGAGAUCCUGCUGGACACCAGCCAGACCUUCGUCAGGCAAGGCUCCCUGAUCCAGGUGCCCAUGUCCGAGAAGGGCAAGAUCACGCGGGGCCGGCUGGGCUCGCUGUCGCUGAGGAAGGAGGGCGAGCGCCAGUGCUUCCUCUUCUCCAAGCACCUCAUCAUCUGCACCCGCGGCUCCGGGGGCAAGCUGCACCUCACCAAGAACGGUGUGAUCUCCCUCAUCGACUGCACGCUGGUGGAGGAGCCCGAGAGCACCGACGAGGACGCCAAAACAUCAGGACAAGACAUUGACCACCUUGACUUCAAAAUCGUGGUGGAGCCGAAAGAUUCCUCGUCUUUCACCGUUAUCCUCGUGGCCUCGUCCAGGCAGGAGAAGGCUGCAUGGACCAGUGACAUCAGCCAGUGCGUGGACAACAUCCGCUGCAACGGGCUGAUGAUGAACGCCUUCGAGGAGAACUCCAAGGUCACCGUGCCCCAGAUGAUCAAGUCUGAUGCCAGCUUGUAUUGUGAUGAUGUUGACAUUAGGUUCAGUAAAACGAUGAAUUCCUGCAAGGUCCUGCAGAUCCGCUAUGCCAGUGUGGAGCGGCUGCUGGAGAGGCUGACGGACCUGCGCUUCCUGAGCAUCGACUUCCUCAACACCUUCCUGCACUCCUACCGCGUCUUCACCACCGCCCUCGUCGUCCUCGACAAGCUCAUCACCAUCUACAAGAAGCCUAUCAGUGCCAUCCCUGCACGGUCCCUGGAGCUCCUGUUUGCAAACAGCCAGAACAACAAGCUGCUCUACGGGGAGCCCCCCAAGUCCCCCCGGGCCAACCGCAAGUUCUCGUCGCCGCCGCCGCUGUCCAUCAGCAAGUCGUCGUCGCCCAGCCGCCGCAGGAAGCUGUCCCUCAACAUCCCCAUCAUCACCGGCGGCAAGGCGCUCGACCUGGCGGCGCUCAGCUGCUCCUCCAACGGCUACGCCGGCGUCUACUCCUCCAUGGCCCCCUUCAGCAAGACCACUCUGGACAUCAACAAGCUGUACGUGUCCAGCAGCUACCCCAAUAAGAUCCCAGACGAAGGGGAAGCGGCCUCGGAAAAGCAAGAGGAGUCCCUGCCAGGCAAGCCGACGGGUGUAAAGGGGCUCCCUGUCCUCCCAGGCUCAGAGGUGUCUGUCAGGGAAGAGUCGGACACGGAUCCCAACCACAGUGAUGAAGCAGAAGCUGAAGCUUCCCCAACGAAAUCUCCAACGACUCCCAAGUCCAUCAAGUGCAAAAAUUCAUCAGAUUUCUCGCUGUUUUCCUACAACAACGGCAUGGUCAUGACGUCCUGCCGGGACCUGGACAGCACCCGCAGCGCCCUGUCUGCCACCUCCGCCUUUGCCAUCGCCACGGCGGGGGCCAACGAGGGGACCCCCACCAAGGAGAAGUACCGCAGGAUGUCCCUGGCCAGCGCAGUUUCAGGCUUCCCGACGGACCAGCGGAACGGGGACAAGGAGUUUGUGAUCCGGAGAGCAGCCACCAACCGCGUGCUGAACGUGCUGCGGCACUGGGUGUCCAAGCACUCCCAGGACUUUGAGACCAACGAGGAGCUGAAGUUCCGGGUGAUUGCAUUCCUGGAGGAGGUCAUCCACGACCCCGAGCUCCUGACGCAGGAGAGGAAAGCGGCUGCCAACAUCAUCAGGACCCUGACGCAGGAGGACCCAGGAGACAACCAGAUAACCCUGGAGGAGGUUGUGCAGAUGGCUGAGGGGGUCAAAGCAGAGCCCUUUGAAAACCAUUCAGCCCUGGAGAUCGCAGAACAGCUGACGCUGCUGGAUCACCUGGUCUUCAAGAAGAUCCCAUACGAGGAGUUCUUUGGGCAAGGCUGGAUGAAGCUGGAGAAGAACGAGAGGACUCCAUACAUCAUGAAGAACACCAAGCACUUCAAUGAUGUCAGCAACCUGAUCGCCUCGGAGAUCAUCCGCAACGAGGAGAUCAACGCGCGCGUCAGCGCCAUCGAGAAGUGGGUGGCGGUGGCCGACAUCUGCCGCUGCCUGCACAACUACAACGCCGUGCUGGAGAUCACCUCCUCCCUCAACCGCAGUGCCAUCUUCCGCCUCAAGAAAACCUGGCUCAAGGUCUCCAAGCAGACGAAGGCUCUGAUUGAUAAGCUCCAGAAGCUGGUGUCGUCGGAGGGCAGGUUCAAGAACCUGAGGGAGGCGCUGAAAAAUUGUGACCCCCCGUGUGUCCCCUACCUGGGCAUGUACCUGACGGACCUGGCGUUCAUCGAGGAGGGCACCCCGAACUACACCGAGGAUGGCCUGGUGAACUUCUCCAAAAUGAGGAUGAUCUCGCACAUCAUAAGGGAGAUCCGCCAGUUCCAGCAAACCUCCUACAAGAUCGAGCACCAGCCCAAGGUGACGCAGUACCUGCUGGACCAGUCGUGCGUGAUGGACGAGGAGUCGCUGUACGAGGCUUCCCUGCGGAUAGAGCCCAAGCUGCCUUCGUGAGCGGCGCGGCCGCCGGACACUCGCUGUACCCCUGUACAUAGCCCCGCUCCCGGAGCGCCCCGUCUGUGCUGCCCCGGCCCCCGCCCCGGCCGCGCUCGCGUGCGAUUCCCCGCCCCGUCACCGUUAACGCGCCCACGCCUCGCUGGAGCCCCGGGCUCCUUUCCAUGAUGUUACUUUUGUCAUUUGUUCCUCCUGGGGGGCUGGUGGUCGGGCAGGUGAGUGCCCGUGGGGCAGGUGAGUCCCUGUGGGGCAGGUGAGUCCCUGUGUCCUUGUGGGGCAGGUGAGUCCCUAUGUCCCCAUGGGGCAGGUGAGUCCCUGUGGGACAGGUGAGUCCCUGUGGUCCCAUGGGACAAGUGAGCCCUGUGUGGCAGGUGUAUCCCUGUGUCCCCACGGGGCUCAGGGGCAGCACACAGCAGCUCUCACUCGGACUGUGCUGGCAGUUACAUCCCGACUGUAAGGUGGGAGAAGGGAGCGCAUUAAAGGUUGUCCCUCGGUGUGAGCUGCCCUCUCUGUGUGUGCCACCCUGCUGCUGGCCGGGCACGGGGGGCCCUGGCUGCUGGCCCGGUCCCUCCGAAGUCGGGAAGAUGGAAGCAUCCCCUCGCCUCUCCUCGCUGCAUCCGGCUCCUGUUGAUAUGCUGUAGAUCCGUACCCUUGUGCCCACUCUGAGUACCAUGACGUAGAGUUAGAGAUGACGAGUGUUUUUAUUACAUCUACUGUAAUCCUGGCUAACCACCCGCUAGCAGGAUAUAGUAAUGUAGUGCUUAUUCUGUGAAUAGUACCUGGGUUUUUUACAUUGUACAGUCCCUGACACGGUUCCCCGGCAGUGGCAGGCAUGCUCCACUCACACAACACUUGCUGUAAGCAAUACCUCGUGGUAUGGGAAUUCUCUUUCAAGCCCUAAAACUAUUUCAACUUACAGCUUGUUUGGGAAAAAAAAAAAAAAAGAUAUUUCCAUUUUUUUUGUAAAAAUAUAUGUUUCCUGAUUACCUCUUGCUAAUAAAUCUAUUCUAUCUCAGGGUGAA